UACUCCAUCAUGCCGAGGGGAAAUCAUAGCAUUGUGACUGAAUUUAUCCUUACUGGAUUCCCUGGACUUCAUCCAGCGUACCAAGGAAUUGUCUCAGCAGUACUGUUCUUAGUUUAUGUCUUAACUGUGACAGGGAAUGUUACAAUUUUUUUUUUAUUUGCAACCGACCGCAGCCUUCAUAAGCCAAUGUAUUAUAUAAUUCUAAAUCUGAGUGCAUGCGACAUUCUCUUUAGCACAACCACCUUACCUAAGAUCAUCAGUAGGUAUUGGUUUCAAUCAGGGAACAUUUCAUUCACUGCUUGCUUCGUCCAAAUGUACUUUGUUCACUAUCUUGGUACAGUGAAUUCCCUUAUUCUCUUUCUGAUGGCUUUAGAUAGGUAUUUGGCAAUCUGCCAUCCUUUCAGAUAUCCCCUUGUUCUUAAAAACUCCACUAUCCUCAUUCUAAGUAUUACAGCAUGGGUAACUGCCAGUGCACCCUGUUUAAUGUUAGUUAUUAGGGCAUACCCUCUGCCUUACUGUGCUUCAAACAUUAUCAACAACUGCUACUGUGAUCAUGUUGGUAUAACAACUCUGGCAUGCACUGACAGGACUCCUUAUGGUUUCCCUGCUUUUGUGUUAGCAAUGGUUAUGUUACUGGGACCUCUGGCAUUCAUACUGUUCUCAUAUUGCUCUAUAAUUAGAGCUGUAUUUAAGAUAGCAAAUGUACAAAGUCGUAUAAAAUCUCUGUCCACUUGCAGUCCUCAAUUGAUUAUAAUCUCACUCUAUUAUUUACCCAGAUGUUGUGUAUAUUUAGCCAGCAAUGGCUUUGGCAUUAAAUUUAGUGAUGAUGUGCGAAUAGUAAUUAUUAUGCUGUAUAGCCUUUGUCCCCCCAUGAUUAAUCCACUUAUAUACUGCUUGAGAGCUAAAGACAUGAGAGAAAGUUUGCAGAAGCAAUUCAACAGAAGGGCUGUUCCACAAAAAGCACAAGUUUCAGCUAUAAGUAACUGAUAAACCAAUGCAUUAUUCAAUGUUUUUCCUUUCUUCUUAAUAGCCAUCUCUCCUUGUGAGGACUGCCCUUGUAAAAAAUAUUGAUUGAG